UCUUGCUUCAAAUGAGUAGGCAAUAAGGAGACUUGGUCUUCUAAGCCUCUUUUUGCAUCAGCCUCUGCAUCAACUCCUUUGGAUAGUCAACGAUACUAUAUGGAUGGUUUGAGAGGUUUCCGCUGACUGUGUAUCAAGGGUGACAGCGAUUUUGCUAAGACAGUAUCACUGUGAACGGUUUUGUUGUAUGCGGUUUUGGAAGGUAGAGGGCAGGUUUUUGUGGGUUGCUUUCCUAGUUUUAGCCUUUGGUCCUUACGCUACUUCGGAGCAGGUAGCCCGUUGGCUGUUACCGUCGCCUGUAGAGGCAAGAAUGCAUCAGUCAUUUCUCCGUUCUUCCAAAACUGCAAUAACUGUCACUCGCUUCGCUAUCUCGCAAGAAGCACAAUCACUCUUCUUCCACUCUUCUUCAGCCCAUCACCGCCAGCAACAGCAGCAAGAACAAAAAGGUGAAAAACAAAAGCAACAGAAACUAAAACAAGAAUCUUCUAAUUCCAUUGACAUCUCCAAAUCCCCAAUUGGGUCGCCAUCUCGAGUCCAGAAACUCAUAGCUUCCCAAUCAGAUCCUUUCCUCGCCAAAGAAAUCUUCGAUUUCGCUUCUCGCCAACCUAAUUUUCAACAUUCUUACUCUUCGUAUCUCGUCCUUAUUCUCAAACUUGGCCGUUCCAAAUACUUCUCUUUCAUAGAUGACCUUCUAGUUGACUUAAAAUCCAAACAUUAUCCAGUUACUUCAACUCUUUUCUCUUACAUAAUCAAAAUCUAUGGCGAGGCCAACCUGCCAGAUAAGGUUCUCAAAACUUUCUAUAAAAUGCUUGAAUUUAACUUCAAGCCUUUGCCCAAACAUCUCAAUCGCAUUCUUGAAUUUCUUGUUUCUCACCGGAACUAUAUAAAAACUGCUUUGGAUCUUUUCAAUAAUGCUCAUAGAUAUGGUGUUUCGCCCAACACUAAAUCAUAUAACAUUUUGAUGCGAGCUUUUUGUUUAAGUGGGGAACUUAGUAUUGCAUACAAGAUGUUCAAUCAAAUGUUCAAAAGAGAUGUUUUACCGGAUGUUGAAUCUUACCGAAUUUUGAUGCAGGGAUUGUGUAGGAAAAGUCAGGUUAAUGGAGCUGUUGAUUUGUUGGAGGACAUGUUGAAUAAAGGGUUUGUGCCGGAUACUUUAUAAAGGGGUUGAGAUGGGUCUCUUGUAUGUUGCAACACUAUGUAUCUCUUGCCCAAUAGGCUUGGCAAUGCAAAUAUUGCAUUUUAAAAUA